GUCAAACAAUGUCUUCUAUGGUCUACCCAACAACAACACAAAAUUGUUUAUAUUUUGUAAGUUUUUGGAAAUAUAUAUACAAUUAAUAUACAGUUACUAACUUUUUGCAUUUCAAGAAUCUGUGCACAAAAAAUGUGGAUUUUUGGUUGGAAAGGGCCAUCUGGGUUCUCAGCUACAUCAACAGCUGAGCAAGUUACACAAGGGGUUGAUGGAACUGGACUCACUGCCAUUGUUACAGGAGCAUCGAGUGGUAUUGGCGUCGAGACUGCGCGUGUUCUUGCUUUGCGUGGCGUACAUGUGGUUAUGGCGGUAAGGAAUGUAGAUGCAGGUGGGAAUGUCAAAGAAGCAAUACUUAAGCAAAUCCCCUCUGCUAAGAUUGAUGUUAUGCAAUUAGAUCUUAGCUCAAUGGCUUCAGUCAGGAAAUUUGCUUCGGAAUAUAUAUCCUCCGGUCUUCAACUGAAUCUCCUGAUUAAUAAUGCAGGCAUUAUGGCAACUCCUUUCAUGCUUUCCCAAGAUAAAAUUGAACUGCAGUUUGCUACAAACCAUGUCGGCCAUUUUCUUCUUACGGAUCUUUUGUUGGAGACCAUGAAAAAAACAGCACGUGAAAGCAAUCGGGAGGGAAGAAUUGUCAACGUAGCUUCAGGAGGCCAUCUCUUUGCAUAUCGUGAAGGGAUUCGUUUCGAAAAAAUCAAUGAUGAAUCAGGAUACAAUAGCUUAUAUGCUUAUGGGCAAUCAAAGCUGGCUAACAUUUUGCACGCUACUGAGCUAGCAAGACGCCUUAAGGAAGAUGGAGUGAAUAUAACUGCUAAUUCUCUUCAUCCUGGAGGAAUCGGCACUAAUCUUCUGCGUCAUCACAGUUUUAUCGAUGGGUUCAUAUCGCUAGUUGGUAAAUAUGUGCUGAAAAAUAUCGAGCAGGGUGCAGCAACCACAUGCUAUGUAGCAUUGAAUCCACAAGUCAAGGGAGUUACUGCUCAAUAUUUUUCAGACAGUAACAUAAUAGAACCAGGUUCUCAUGCUAAGGAUGCUGAUUUGGCCAAAAGACUUUGGGAUUUCAGCGUCAGAUUGACCAAUCCUAACUAGCUUAAUGAUCUUCUAGACGAUAAAUUGAUUUGAUAACUCGAUAUUGUUAUUUAUGAUAUUGAUCAGCAUCGAUAGCAUCUAGAUGGAAAUAAUCCCAUUGUAUUUUUAAAGCGACAAAUUGUAUUAUCUCUAUUGGUAUGAAAUCGUAACUGUUCAUGCUU